AGUCCACCAGCAGCUGUCUCCUUCCCAUGCCACUCAUCGAUUCUGUAAAUGAUUCAUUCUGAUAUGAGCACCGAGGCUCAUCAGGUCAUUUUGGAGGCGAGAGGAAGGCUAUAAGAGCUUUCACUCCGGACCCCGUCACUCCUCGAGAGGGCUUUCAGGACCAGAAACUGACUCAGUGCUGUCAAUAUGGCUGGUCUGUUUUACACCCUUCUGGCCGUGCUGGCUGUGUUCUCCCCUGGGCUGUGCCAGGAGAAGACAUAUUUGCAGCGUGCCGGCGUGGCGUUUAACGGCAGACCUUACUCCUCGGUGAUGACGGUGUCCAAUGGAGAGCAGUUUGGAAACUGGACCUGGCGAGAGAUGUGUCCUGACAACUUCUUUGCUGUUGGCUUCAGUGUUAGGGUGGAGCCUAACCAGUACGCCCUGGAUGACACUGCCUUGAAUGGAAUCCGCCUCAUCUGUGCCAAAGAUGGGAGCAGAAGCUUCCUGUACUCCGUCGAGUCCCACACCGGAUACUACGGUGACUGGUCCCAGCCUCAGUACUGCCCCAGCGGAGUGCUCACCUCCUUCCAGCUUCGUGUGGAGCCCCAUCAGGGCCUGUUUGGCGACGACACGGCCGCCAACAACAUCAAGUUCCGCUGUAGCAGUAACCCGACCCUGGAGGGUCCCGGCACCGACUGGGGCGAGUACGGCCACUGGAGCCAGGAGUGUGGCGAGGGAGGGAUUUGCGGCAUUGAGACCAAGAUGGAGGAGUACCAGUACGGCCUGGACGACUCCAGCCUCAAUGAUGUCCGCUUCUACUGCUGUUCCAAGUCUCAGCAGUGAUCAGCUGUCCACUGGGAUGAACAGACAAACCAUAAACCCUGAGUUUGUCUCCAACACCCUGAACAUAAAGGCAUCGAAUAAAGUGAACCUUUACUCUACCGUUAUCUCUGGUUGUGUUAUUUAAUAUAAUCUCU